UACCUGCAUCUUAGUGUGAUUAGAAAUAUAAUGAAGCCACAGUCUAUCUUUGGAAAUAUAUUUUCCAUUUUAGUCUUGAUAAAAAUCUUGUCUACUUUCUUUGCACUCCAAGUUUCAUGUCAAGUCCUAACAUGUCCUAUAGACUCUAUAUAUCAGCUUGGAGAUUCCAUUUCCGACACCGGGAAUCUUGUCCGAAUAGCCACGACUGCCCCAGCUACACGCCCGCCGUAUGGUGAAACUUUUCCCGGCCGCCCCACCGGUCGUUGGAGUGAUGGUCGACUUAUAAUUGACUACAUAGCUACUGCUCUCGGCCUUCCAUUGUUGAAUCCUUAUUUGGACAGAAGUAAUGCUUCGUUUGAGAAUGGUGUCAAUUUUGCCGUAGCUGGAAGCACGACGCUAAGUUUUCUGUUUUAUUCGCUAAGGGGAAUUAUUACCUUACCGCUCCCUACACUGCGUACUCAGCUACGACAAUUCCGGAGCCAUAUUGCAACCAUAUGCUCAACUCCAUCAGAAUGUCAACAAAAGCUUAACAACAGCCUCGUAUUCGUUGGAGAAUUCGGUUACAAUGACAUUGCAUAUGCAUAUGCCGAGAGGAGAUCCCUCUCUUUGAUCCAAAGCUACUUGCCGGAGGUUAAUCGAGUCAUCAUUAAUAGCACAAGAGAUGUGAUUCUUGCAGGUGUGCCUCAAGUUGUAGUUCCCUUACUUUUCCCGCUCGGAUGCUUCCCGGUAUUUCUAGAUGUUGCUAGAAAUAAUUCGUCGACAACUUAUGAUAGUAAUGGAUGCGUGAAAGACUUGAACGAUGCAAUUGUUUCGAGAAAUAAUGAUCUUGUAAGAGAUAUAAACAAUCUUAGAGGGGAAUUCCCUAAUGCCACCAUACUUUAUUCUGACCUCUAUAAUGCUUUUCUAACAAUUCUUCGCGAUGCACCUGCUCUCGGGUUUAAUACAUCGACACUGUUGAAGGCCUGUUGUGGAUCCGAAGGAAAUUUCAAUCCAAUAGGUCCUGUGUAUUGUGGAAAUGGAAACGUACCGGUGUGCCCUAAUCCAAACACCUAUAUAAAUUGGGAUGGCAUACACCUAACACAAGAGGCACAUCGUAAUAUUGCCAACAUUAUCAUCCGGGACUUGGGCAUCAAUUGCACUAACUAAAUCGAUUAUGCAAAAAGAACACCGUCGAAUGUUAUUAAUGAUGUAAGAGAGCUAUGCUUACCUAUAUAUACUCAAAUAAAUGGAUCAGUCUGAUCGUAUCUAGAAGUAAUGGAUUAUGAUAUUUGAUA